CAAUCAGUCAAAAAUGGACAAUAUGGAGUAAUAUCAUGAAUUCACCUCAAAUUUCUCGUAAUUUCUUAAUAAUGCGACAAAAUUGUACAUUUAAAAGUUUAAGCUAAAUAUGAAAUACCAAUCAUGCCUCCUAGUUAGACGACUUAUACGCAAAACACUUGACAUUCCAGUAUUAUGCAGUCCGGAUAAAAGGAUCUUACACCCGGCCGUUUCAGUGUACAUAAGGCACACCAGCUCACGCCAGCCUAUUUCAUUGCCACGCUCUGCGACACUCUUGCAGCAAGAUAAACAUGCAACUGUUGUGCUUCUGGGAACCGUCCAUUUUAGUAAACAGUCGGUGGAAGAUGUUUCCGAGAUAGUGAAGGUAUUAAAUCCAAAUGCUAUACUGGUUGAGUUAUGUCGUCAGCGGGUAUCACUUCUUGAACUGGACGAUAAGAAAUUUUUAGAAGAUGCCAAGAAUUUUGACGCCCAAAAAAUUAACAGAGAAGCCGUGAGAGGUCAAAACUUUGUGUCGGGUAUGUUACAUGCAAUGCUUUUGAAAACGUAUGCUGAUAUUGCUAAGGAAUUAGGAGUUGCACCAGGCGGGGAAUUCCGGAGAGCUUACCAUGAGAUGAAAAGGAUACCUGGUUGCAAAUUAUUUCUAGGCGAUCGACCAAUACAAAUAACUAUUGCUCGAGCUUUUCAAUCUUUGAGCGUAUACGAAUUGGGUCAAGUAUUAUAUCAUCUUACAACGUCAAAUCCUAAACCACUCGACAAAGAACAAUUAGAACGAUACAAAGAUAGAGAUUUUGUACAGGCUCAAUUUGAAGAAAUUACAAAAGAUGUGCCGGCUUUUAAAAAAAUAUUUCAUGUCUUCGUUGAUGAGCGUGACAAAUGUCUAGCGUAUUCUCUACAAGAGUGUGUCCGUUCUGUAGUCGACGGUCCGCGAGUACUCGCCGUCGUGGGCAUGGGACAUGUAGAUGGCAUUGUAAAAUACUACGGGAAAAUGAGACAGGAGGAUAUUGUACCGCUACUAUUAAUCCCUCCCGAGCCCUACUACAGGAUUUUCUUCAGAAAAGGACUAAAAUUAACAUUUUAUUUUUUGAUAUUUUCCUUUUUUUAUAGAUUAAUCUUUGGAUAAAAAAUAGUGCUUUGGCUCUACUAAAAACUUUUCUGUCCAUAAUAUACCUUUAUUUCCAUAAUA